AUGAUCCAUGUGAUGGUUCACUUCCCAGAAGAGGCAUUGCUUGCUGGUCCUGUCAACUAUUGCUGGAUGUAUCCAAUAGAAAGGCUUCUCGAAGAGCUGAAAAAAAGUGUACGCAACAGGGCGAGGCCCGAAGGAUCAAUUAUAGAGGCUUGGGUUCAAUAUGAGUCGCUUACUUUCUGCGGAAUGUAUUUAAAAGAUGUGGAGACGGCUUUCAAUCGUCCUCAGCGCAAUAAUGACGGAGGUAUGAGAAAUGAAAAACUUUAUGUUUUUGCCCAAAGCACACGACCCUUUGGAGAUCCUGGACGAGGAGAGUCGUUUUCUAGAAAUGACAUGGAGGUAGCACAUUGGUUCGUACUGAACAAUUGUAAUGAGAUAAUAGCAUACUUAGAUGAGCAUGAAGAGAUGAUGAAGCGAGAACAUCCAUCACAUUUGGUUGCCCAGAAACACCGUGAAUAA